CGCAGCUUUAAUCAAAAACUAAUUUUUCCACCUUUUGUACCACACCACCAAUGGCAUUUACAUGAUAGUUUUUUUUACCAACUUCUUCGUGCUUUCACAUUCACUUUCACGUUGCGGGUCAAGACGAGUCUAUCACGACGUUUUUCAUCCAGAUUAACCAUGAAUGGAAGCCAUGAAAAGAAACCUUUCGAGAGACUACCUACGAGUAUCGUACCAAAAAAUUACUCUCUAGUUUUGAAACCCAACUUGAAAGAGUUCACUUUCACUGGUGAGGAAGUUAUCGACAUAGAGAUAAAAUCAUCGACCAACAAAAUAAAAAUGAAUUGUGCCGAAAUCAACAUUUCUAGUGUUUCAAUUGAUAUUGCUGGCCAAAGCAUUGAAAGCAAAACAAUAUAUUAUGACAAAGAACAAGAGACUGUAUGUAUUGAGUUUCCCAUAAACCUGCAAUUGGGAGAAGGAUCUCUGUCAGUCAAAUAUACUGGUGAACUUAACGAUAAAAUGAAAGGAUUUUACCGUGCCAAAUAUACCACACCAGAAGGUGAAGAACGUUUCUGUGCCACCACCCAGUUUGAGGCAGCAGAUGCAAGACGAGCAUUUCCCUGCUGGGAUGAACCAGCAUUGAAAGCGUCAUUUGAUAUCACUUUAAUCGCACCAAAAGAUAAAGUGACAUUAUCAAACAUGAAUGUUAUUAAAGAAAGCGUGUAUGAAGAUGACCAAAGUUUAAAAGUUGUUACAUUCGCACGUACACCAAUCAUGUCGACUUACCUUUUGGCAUUUGUUGUUGGUGAAUUUGACUAUUUGGAGGCAAGAGACAAUGAUGGCGUAUUAGUAAGGGUCUAUACGCCACUUGGAAAAACCAGUCAAGGGAAAUUUGCCCUAGAGGUUGCAGUGAAAACGUUACCUUUUUACAAGAACUACUUCAAGAUUCCUUAUCCACUGCCCAAGAUGGAUCUCAUUGCCAUUCCUGACUUUGCUGCCGGUGCUAUGGAGAACUGGGGUCUAGUUACCUAUAGAGAAACAGCGUUGUUGGUUGAUCCCGAAAAUUCCUCAUCGUCAAGUAAACAAUGGGUUGCGCUUGUUGUAGGUCAUGAAUUGGCUCACCAGUGGUUUGGAAAUUUAGUGACCAUGGAAUGGUGGACUCACCUUUGGCUAAAUGAAGGUUUUGCCUCGUGGAUUGAGUAUUUAUGUGUAGAUUUCUGUCAUCCCGAAUACGACAUCUGGACGCAGUUCGUCACUUCAGAUUACACGCGAGCUCUUGAUCUUGAUGCAAUGAAAAACAGCCAUCCAAUUGAGGUACCUGUUGGUGGACCAGAUGAAGUCGAUGAGAUUUUCGACAUAAUCUCAUAUUCCAAGGGUGCUUCAGUUAUACGAAUGUUACAUAAUUAUAUUGGGGACGAGGAUUACAAGAAAGGUUUGAACCAAUACCUGACCAAAUUUUCCUGCAAGAACGCCAUGACAGAGGAUUUAUGGCAAAGUUUAUCUGAUGCAAGUGGUAAGGAUGUUGAAAAGAUUAUGAAUACGUGGACCAAGCAAAUGGGUUUUCCUGUUUUAUACAUCAAAGAGAACAGGUAGAAAGAAACCAGAGUUUUGCAUAUAAAGCAAAAAAAGUUUUCUGCAGAUGGGCCAUGCGAAGGUAAAUUUUAUUCAAACUACCUGUGGAAUGUUCCUAUUACGAUCUCGACGGUAGAUCAACCAAAAGAUGUCGUUUUUAAAACUCUAUUGGACUCUGAUUCGUCAGUUGUGCACAUUCCCAAUGUGGCUGCAGAUAAGUGGAUUAAGGUGAAUCCAGGUCAAGUUGGUUUCUAUAGAGUCUGUUACGAUAAAGAAACUGUGGAGAAAUUUGUCCUGGCCAUUAAAGAUAUGUCAUUGCCACCUUUGGAUCGUCUUGGUAUACAGAACGAUCAAUUUGCAUUGGCGAGAGCUGGUUACACCUGUACAACAAAUUUUCUUACUGUCGUGGGUGCGUUUAUCAAUGAAAGAAAUUACACUGUUUGGAACGAUGUUUCAACAAACUUAGCAAAGCUGUCCAUACUUCUUCAGUACACUGACUACAGUGAGUCUUUCAAAAAGUUCGUUUGUCAAUUGUGUAAACCAAUCAUGAAGAAAAUUGGAUGGGAACCUGUUGAGGGAGAAAAUCAUCUUGACUCGUUGUUGCGUUCGCUCGUCAUUCAACUUUUGGGUAAAGGUGGAGAUGUGGAAACUAUCAACGAAGCGAAAAGACGAUUCGAUCAACAUGUCAUUGGUGAAAUCUCUAUCACGGCUGAUCUUAGGUCACCUGUGUAUUCUAUUGUUCUUACGAAUGGUGAUGCAACUACUUUGAGCCAAAUAAAGGAAAUGUAUUGUAAAGCGGAACUGCAAGAAGAGAUGAUCAGAUUAUUAAAAAGCAUGGGAUCUGUGAAAGAAGAAGCUCUGAUUGCCGAUGUUUUGAAAUUUUCUAUUUCGGAAGAAGUUAGAGCCCAGGAUAGCGUGUUCUGCAUCUUUAGUGUAUCCGGCAGUGCUUUGGGCCGAGACAUGGCGUGGAAAUUUGUAAAAAGUAAUUGGAAAGAGUUUCAUGAUCGUUAUCAAGGUGGAUUCUUGCUCUCAAGACUAGUAAAGAUCACAGAGAACUUUGCGAGUGCAGAGAUGGCCGAAGAUGUCGAGAAUUUUUUCAAAGACCACGAUGCUCCUGCAGCUGAAAGAGCAGUACAACAGUCGUUGGAGAGUAUUCGCUUGAAUUUACAGUGGUUAACACGUGAUAGUGACGCAAUAAAGAAAUGGCUUUCAAUGAAAGGAUUUUAACGAUUCUACGUAAAUUAUUGGCACAAGUGGUUUUUAAAUUGUAUAAUGUUGGUCGUGCACUGGUGAUUGUAAAAAUCAUUUAUUUAUGUUGUGUCAAAUUUGCAGGCAAAUGAAUAAAUCGAUGAAAAAGUACACAUCAACAUAAUUAUAACUUUAAGUUUAAGUUCCUAGCAUUAAAAUAAUUUUUUCAUUCUUGUAGAUUAUAAAUUUCCUUACAUACGUUAAUGUUUCGUGUUUUCGUAUUAAAAAUACAGCAUAUAUGUAUGUGUGUUUAUAUUA